GAAAGCGGAGAAAAUCACGGGCACAUCCACAUGCCUGGGUGAAGUCCGUUGUUGUCUUUCUAGGCUGCCGGCCGCACAUGCCCCUGGAGUUUCUCUGGGAGUGUAGUGCGGAGAAGCUCUGUAGAUAUAUAUUGUGCAUAAUGUGUUCUCUCCCUAAGCCCGCGUGUCUUGCCGUCCGUGUGGAGCGUGAAGCGGCGGCCUCGGCAACAUCGUGGCUCGGAGCGGCUUUUCUCCGCCAUUUUGGAGACGGCUGAUCUUUUUCAUGCACGCAGUUUGUUCCCCUUUCUUUGUUUUCGACGACAUCCAGCGAUCUGCAUUGAUGUUUCAAAAUCCUACCAUUUUUGCUGCAAUUAAAGCCCAACUAAAAGAAGGCCUUCAGUCCUCGGUGGAAAUCUUCCUUUGUUUGGGAGGGUGUUCAUUGUCGAAUAUCGCUGAAAGCAGAAAUAUAGUAACCUAGUGUUAAAUCCCCCAACAUGAUGGAUGGAUGGACUUUGACCAUCUUGGUCCACCGAUUUUUGGAGAUCCCCCCUCCUAAAUUGUAGUGUUGUUUACUAAUAUUAAUAAGUGAAGUGUUUAUGUAACCACAGCAAAAUGGCGUGGGUUCAAAAUGGACGCUCAGUGGUCGCCGUGGGCAGCUUUACAUCCCAACAAUGGACACUUUUCCACUCUUUUUUAAUCAUCUAUGGACAUCACCUGUGAUUUUACCCACUGGAGACCCCUGGAACAUCCAUAUCAACCCAGUGGAGGCAUGCUGGGAAUUAUUUGGAUUGAACGGCAAGCGGCAAAAAAGACUCUUGGGGUGAAUGGUAGCCGGAUGGGUGCUACCAAAAGGCCCAAGCAGCUCCCAGACAAGUGGCAGCAUGACCUGUUUGACAACGGCUACAGUACCAACGCAGGAGGCGGUGGCGGAGCAGGCAUGGAGACCGGCGGCAAACUCCUCGUGUCCAAUCUUGACUUUGGCGUCUCUGAUGCAGACAUCCAGGAACUCUUCGCAGAAUUCGGCACUUUGAAGAAAGCGGCAGUACAUUACGAUCGGUCGGGACGCAGCCUUGGCACUGCAGAUGUUCACUUUGAGAGGAAAGCGGAUGCCCUGAAAGCUAUGAAGCAGUACAACGGCGUUCCUCUUGACAGUCGUCCAAUGAACAUACAGCUCGUUACAUCGCAGAUUGAUGCACAGAGGCGGACUCCAAUGCAGGGUCUUAAUCGUGGAGGUGGUGGCAUGAACAGAAACAGGAUUGGAUCCUUCAGCACACAGAAAGGUCGAGGAGGACGUGGCGGUGGAGGAUCCAGAGGUCGGGGACGAGGGGGAAGAGGCGGCAACAGCAAACAGCAGCUCUCUGCUGAAGAGUUGGACGCCCAGCUAGAUGCCUACAACGCUAGGAUGGACACCAGCUAAAUACCAACAGGUCAAGUCUCAUUCCCCUCUUUUCCAACGUGGAAGAGUGGACGUCAUUGUUAUAGCUAAUGAACAUGCCGGAUGUUUUACACUUACGUGUUCAGAAGUGAUUUAAAUUUGUGUACCAAUCUUUCUCAUUUUAAAAUGCUCGUGUUUUUUACCUGCUUUGUUUUUGUUCCUUUUUCUUUUUGAGAAAAACCUGGUUGAACUGUAGGAUUUAGGGGUGGGCUUGUCUGAGCCAUCCUUCUGUAGAUCAUUGUAAUAAAACCUGCAGUUAUUUCAUAACCACACAA